AGGCAAUUGAUUGGUUAAAAAUCGAAACUUUCUUGUUUUUUUGCUGCAAAAAUGAGGCAAUAAAUUAUUUUUAAAUUUAUUUAUAUAUAUAUAUAUAUGUAAAUUAUGUAUGUAUAGCCGUCUCUGUUCUGUUCUUCUCUGUGGCAGUAGCUUCAAUUUCUUUAAUCCAUGGCGUAAACACCGAAUCUAGUAGAUAUAUCUUGUUCAACUCUCUCUCUCCCCUCUCCAAUAUAAAUAUACAUGUAGGGAUGUGUAAAGGCGCAUAAUUUACCUGUGUAUCAUUGCAAUUGAAUUCCAAGGUUUAAUUGAAUUCCAAUUUAUUCCGAAAUCUGUGUUUAUUUCGAGUGCAAUUGGCGUUUCUUUCUACCAUUUCUGUGUUUUACGAGAUGUUUGGAUGCGAUUGAGUGAGAAUUUAGCUGCGAUUGUGAAGCUUUUGGGGGGAAAUCGAGAGGUAUUGGUGAUGGGGAAUAAAUUGGGGGUGAAGAGGAGGCAGGUGGUGGAUGAGAAGUACACUAGGCCUCAGGGGUUGUACCGACACAGAGAUGUGGAUCAUAAGAAGCUUCGGAAGCUGAUUCUUGACUCCAAGCUGGCGCCUUGCUACCCUGGUGAUGAUGAUUCCUCUGACCUUGAGGAGUGUCCCAUUUGCUUCUUGUACUAUCCAAGUCUUAAUCGGUCGAGAUGCUGCACCAAGGGCAUCUGUACGGAGUGUUUUGUACAGAUGAAGACCCCCAAUGCGACGCGCCCUACACAGUGCCCGUUCUGUAAAACAUCAAAUUAUGCUGUGGAGUAUCGAGGUUGUAAGACAAAGGAGGAGAAAAUCAUAGAGCAACUUGAAGAGCAACGAGUUAUCGAGGCCAAAAUAAGGAUGAGGCAUCAAGAACUCCAGGAUGAAGAGAAGUCGAUACAACUAAGAGAAAUAAGCUCUUCUAGCAGUAUGAGAGCACCAACUGAGGUUGAAUAUUGCUCAACCCAAGCGCCCACUUCUUUUUCUGCAAUAGAAAGUGAAGAAACUGUUGCUUCAGAUGAGUCCAUUGAAACUUCAGUGAUUAGACCACCUCCACGCCAAAGGCAGACUAGGGAGGAUGAAUUUGACCUUGAUCUCGAGGACAUCAUGGUUAUGGAGGCGAUUUGGCUGUCUAUUCAGGAAAAUGGCGGGCGUCAAGAUCUAUCUUUUCAGUUAGGAGAAUACAACGUAGAAGAUCACACCUCUUUAGCAGAAACAGUUCCCGCAGCUGGAUCAUCAUCGUCUCCUUCUGGUGGUCUUGCUUGCGCAAUCGCAGCCCUUGCUGAACGUCAGCAGGUUAACGGAGGGCCCCUAACCAACUACGGUGGUGACAUAUCUGGAUACAGCGCGUAUUCCAACGGGGAGGGGCAGGAAUCUGAAAAUUAUUUUCCUGCAGAGAGCGGCACUGUGGCAUCACCCGACAUGACCGGGGAUGCUGGAGAAUGGGCUGAUCAUCGAUCUCAGAUGGCUGAAAUAGGAACUAGCUACGGAGGUUCUGAUGAAUUUGGGGAUGCUAUCAGUCUGGCUUCUAUUUCACAUGAAGACGAGAACCAGAGCAGCAGUGGCCAACCUUUUCCAGGAUCAAUAAUGCCCGAGAGUUUUGAGGAGCAAAUGAUGCUAGCCAUGACUGUUUCGCUGGCUGAGGCCCGAGCGAGGACCAGUACUGUUGGAGUAGCGUGGCACUAGCUCGUCAGGUCAGUCGUAGCUUCCUCAUCGUAAUCUUGGCUGUGCUAAUCACGAGUCAUCGGACAUUGGUUGCGAGUUCCUUGGACCUUGAGAAAGUAUCUUGUGAGCAUCUUCUGCACAGCUGAGGCUUCAACAGGGGAGGCGCGGGGAGGCCGUUGUGUACGAGUAUCUGGCUGGAAACGACGCCACCUCGGUGAGGUGGGAAACCAUGCCGUGAUUGUACAUAUGAUUUAUACACACAAUGAUAUCCCUUCUUUGCUUGAAUCUGUGCUUUUGGUAAGGACUAUGGAGAUGCUGCUCACUAUAUGUAUGAGGAAUAGUUUUUCUAGUAAGAACAUGCAAAUUCUUUUUUUGUGA